AUGAACUAUUCUCCUCCUCAAGGGUCUCCUUCACAGGAUGGUUAUCCACAGUCAGGGAAACCAGUUGGUGGCUACGAUGGUGAGGGUCCUCCAAGGGGCAAGAGCCACCACCAGAAGCAACAGCGGCAACAGCAAGCAUCUCCAGUGAGGGUUCUUCCACAAGGGCAUAUUCUUCCACAAAACAAUAAUCCUCAAAGCAUUCAACUGGGGGUUUCUUCUUCAUUAGGAUAUCCUCACAAUCAACAUUCUAGUCUUCCAGGUUCUCAAAGUUCCCACAAUCAACCUCACCAACAGCAGCCAGCUCCGGGAGUCCUUUCACAUGGAUAUCAUCCCAAAGAUAAUCAUCAUAGUCGAGAUAAUCGUCAUAGUCGCAACCAAUUCCAUAAACAGGAGACUUCAAUCCAGGAUCCUUCACGAAGUGAAAGUUCAAGCAAAACCCAGCAAGAGCUGAUUCCCUCAAAAGGCUCAGUUGAAAACCACAUGGAUCCUCCAAAGAACCCUACUCCCACAGCAUCUGAUUUACCAGACCAUGGAGAAAAGCAUCUUUUACAGACUAACGAUGAACCAACACAACAGCCUAAGUCAGCGGAUCACAACAAUGGCUAUCAGCAAAAACCACAUCGACAGCCACAGCCACCUGAAGGUGCUGCAUCGUCACGGGAGCCUCUUCCAGUUCCAGAAGGGUACCCACCAACACAACAGCCUAUGUCAGCAGAUCAGACCAAUGGCUAUCAGCAAAAACCACAUCGUCAGCCACAGCCACCUGAAGGCGCUGCAUCGUCACGGGUGCCUCUUCCAGUUCCAGAAGGGUACCCACCACCUCGACCCCCGACUUCACCGUCUAAGCUGGAGCCUCGUCGGAAGAAAGGAUUGUUAGAGAAAAUAUUUUUCUGUUGUUUCUGA